AUGCCACCAAACACUCCCGGCCAUGCGAUUGUUUACGGCGCAUCAGGUUUAAUUGGCUGGGCGCUAAUAAACCAGCUCUUAAGUCCGUACCCUGUCGCUGAUACAUUCAAAAAGGUCACAGCUGUCACGAAUAGACCACUCGAUCUCUCUGAGACAUACUGGCCAGAGGCAGACUCUCACCGGCCCCGGCUGCAGUUGGCCUCGGGCGUUGAUCUUCGCAGCUGGGAUCGGGAUAGACUGGUGGAGUGGUUGAGGCAGGUUGUUGAGGAUAGUCAGGGCGUGACUCAUGUCUAUUACUUGGUCUUCACCGCUAUGGACGACGACCUGGAAGAAGUCGCUACCAACCGACGGAUGCUGCAGAAUGUCAUUGAUGCUCAUAACCUAAUCAGUCCCAAAUUACAGUUCGUCUCCUUUGUGGGUGGGACACGGGGAUACGGCAUCUAUUCCCCCGGCGGGACAUUCAUCCCACCGCUACACGAAGAAUUGGUUAACAACCUCCCUCCAGACUACGCCAAGACUGUCGUUUAUCCCGCAUAUCGCGAGAUACUCAGUACAUCCAGCCAGGGAAGGAAUUGGACUUGGUGUGAAGUUGGUUUCACCCCCAAUGGAUCGCAAUUCAGUCUGGCAUUGCACUGGGCGCAAUACUUAUCCCUAUAUGCCUACAAUAAUGGCAUCGGACCACAUACUCAGGGAAGCGCCAAGCCAGCUGUAGAGGUCCCGUUCCCCGGAUCCAUAGCAGGCGCUACGUCGUUAUUUACUCCCGUAUCCAGUAACCGACUUGCACGGUUCAUGAUAUUUGCAUCCUUACAUCCAGAGACGUGCGGGGGUGGUCGGCUGUUCAAUGUCGCUGACCAGCCGACACCUUGUACGUACGGAUCACUGUGGCCUCGGCUGGCAGAAUGGUUUGGUCUCGUGGGCGUGCCGCCUGUUGACCCUGCUCCAGAAGGCGAGCAUAAUAAGCUAAAAGUUGGGGAAGUCCCUGAGCGGGCUUCAACGCUCGCGCCUGGAGAGUAUAUAACUAAAUAUCGGGAAAUCUUUACCCGUUAUGGAUGUCCGAAAGCUGUUACUGGCGGGGUCGGAGUGGGGUAUCGUCAGUUGGAUAGUGUCGGGUAUUGGUUAACUUUUGAUCGGCAGUUGAGUCUGGAAAAGCUUCAGGAGACUGGCUUUGAGGGGAAUCAGGAUCCGGUAGAGGGCUGGUUGGAGAGUUUUGCGAUGUUUCGCAGGGCGGGGUUGAUUCUGUGA